CUUCAAGGUCUCCUCGCAGUACCGUCAAGAAAUCAAGCAGAAAGCAAAACUGUGGUUGAGAAGGAUUUCUUGCACGUGAAGGUGUCCGACCGGGGCCGUGACGGUAAGAGGCUCAACGCCGCAGCCAGGGCUGAGAAGCUGGCCAAGGCGACAGAGGCCCGCAUCAAAUGGCUCAAGGAGAAGGACGCUUUCCACCACGGCAACCUCGAAAUGCCUGACCCCGACCUUGACCCCGUGACCUGGGAAGUCGACUUCGACAUGCCCUUCCACAGCGAGACCCUGGCGGAGCUCAUGGCCCGUCAGUGGUGGCUUGGAGCAAACCCCGAGGGAAUGCGUAAGGAGAACCAGGCGCGGUUUGACCUCGGCAAACCACUAUCCAGCAACAUGAUUGCACUUUCGUGCAGUGCGAUACUUGUUGCGCUUGAAGAGGCGGCAAGGGGACAGACCAUCAAUUUCGACGAGAGGCACUACACUGUCGAGCACGACCGCUUCCAGGCUCGGAUCGACAAGUUCAGGCGGCUCGCCAGCACAGGCGAUUGCGAGAAGCGUGCCGGGGUCAUUGCCUUCGUCAAGUCCAUGGACUCCACGCUGAACAACUAUAUACGUGCGCUCGCAGGAUUGCGUGUCGACGACAGUGACGCUGGCGACGGGGGCCCCGCUGAAGACGAUGAGGACGAUGACAUGUUCAACGCGAACUGGGAGAAGAAGACCGCUUCCAGAGCAAACUCCCGGAGCGAGGACGCGGCAGGCGUCCACUCAGAUGCCAACCGCGGGAGCCCAGCGAAGCGCGAUGGAAUGUUGGAAGGGAAGCUCGAGGAUUUCUUCAAGAGCGAGACUCACAGUGGACUGGAGCUCAGUGGUUCAAUCGAUCUCGGGCUCGCAACGCACGUCGUGAACUUUCUUCGUGCAGAUACCGGCUGGCGCAUGGCGUUGCGGUAUACGUCGCCCGUGACCGCGACGUCUCCGCUUGAACUCACAAUCGCGCUGAUCGCUGCAUGUCUUCAUGAUUCCUUCAUCCCGCGUUGCCGACACCUCACCGUCUUGGGUGAACUGCGCACGGCGCUGGAGGCCGUCGGAGUGGAACAAGACCUUGAUUGGCCGGAUGCCCUUCCGCUCGCGCACUUCAUGGUGCGUGUUGCAGAGGGCUAUCUCACCAUCAAUACUGGUACUGAUGUGCACAUGAUCAAUGACCAACCUCACGCAUACAUUGCAGCACAUAAGAUCGGCAGGUCGAGCACCAUAUAUGUAUCUGAUAGCUCGGACGCUGAAUCAGACAUGCCCUCCCUCGAGUCCGUGAGCAGUUGCCUGUGA